CAUUGCAUCUUAGGACAUUUUGCAUUUGCAUUAUGUUUAUUCAGAGAUAUGUAACUAAAUGCAUAACCGAAAUCCCCUCAUUUCAGAGCCUAUCCUCACAGGUUGACCCCUGCCGUAUUAUAUCAAGUGAGGUCACCCAACUGGCAGCUGGAUCAGAGCCUUCCAAGUGCGCCACCAUUGAAUGUUAUUUUGCAGGAUAACGCCCCCUAUGGAGCAAUAACUGAAGCUCGAAAUCGAAGCUGUGAAUAGCGUCUAUUCAAGCGUCAAUCUUUGGGUCCUUCAGACCUUCUGCGAAGUGCGAACCUCACCGCACGUGGUUAACCAUGAAUCGGCGUAUUCUCAAUGGUCCCUAUGCAAUGUGACUUCCCUACUCGCUUAAUUAACGUUAUCUGAAAAUGGAAUCGCCAGUCUCGCCGGGUCCCCCUCCCAAGGGGGUGCAUCUGUCCAAAGUAUCUUUAGGCCAAUGGCAAUUGUUCGUACAAGAGCAAGAGCCCGACCUGCUGAUUAAUGACCAGCCUUUCGUGGCCUUGACCAUGAUGUACCAUUCCGAGACUCACGAAUACAUUUGGCGGGUUCUCGGACGACUCGUCGAAUCCGGACAAGUUAGCGGGUUCUCGGCGUUUCUCGGUAAAUGCCAUCAGUUGUUUAAUAAUGGCACACCUUGCUUAGGCAUGAAGCCUCCGGAUGCCAAAUUUCCACUGUCCUGCCAGUUUUCAAAGAACUGUUCCAUCAUGAUUCCCAAAUCCAGUGAAUCUCAGACAUGUCAAGCCUGUCAGACAUCCUUGGAGGAUCCGGUCCAAUUUUGGCGGGCAAUCCAAGAAGUGGCUGAAGAUAUGCUAUAUGAUCGAGGAUACAAAACAUUCGAUGCCUUGAACCGAAGCUAUCCUCCCGUCAAAGCGUGGCAAUGUAUUAUGUGCUCGAUGCAAGUACCUUUGUCCGAUAUUAGAACGCAUUUAGAAAAGGAACAUUUAUUGAGCCAUUUUGUUUGUUUCCAUUGCGAUGAUCGAUUUGUGGAUGCCAAGGAUCUGUCUUUUCACACCCUGCAAGCGCAUCCCGAGAUUCAAGAGCUUUUUUGUCCACUCUGUCCCGAGAAUGUCCCCAUCAACGGCGAGAUUGAUAGCUUGGCCAACCACUUCCGGAUAUGCUUUGAGAACAAGAACAAGAUUGUGGAUCAAGAAGAAACUGCUCGUAGAGUGUUGGUGUGCCAAUUUUGCACCUCACCAUUCUUCUCGAAAAAAGUGUUUGAGAAACAUGUAGUCGCGUGUGUGGCUUCGAGGGGUCGGACUCAAGUUGCUGAAGACGAUGUCGUCCAGCGAGUUCAACAUGUGCAAGAGGUCGACAAACGGGUUCAACCGGCAAGUGAUUCCUCCAUGAUGUCUUCGACCUCAAAGACAAAACUAUUGCCCCCGCCAAUUGAUAACCCCCUGGAAACCCGAGCAAAUCAUCCUGGCCCCUCCAAAGCCACAUGUCCGGAAUGCUGGAAGAAGAUUGGGGCCAAGUUCUUGUCCCGACAUCUCAUGGUCCAUCAUCGUUUGGGUGAUUUCAAGUGUAGUACAUGUUCAGUGACCUGUCAGAGUGCCGAGGAACUUACAAAUCAUUUCUCUGAUGCUCAUCCUUCCCAAUUAGACCAAGUCUGUCCCAAUUGUGCCAAAGACGUGGAUAUUUCGAAUGAUCGGCAAAGCUUUGUUCAUCACGUGAAAGCCUGUCACAAAAUCAUCUUCUUGACCAAUAUGAAGGGAAAACGUGUUCCGUUUAAAGGCUCCAUCUGCUCCGAUUGUGGCCAAAUCUUUCGCAACAAGGCAGCCCUGGAUCAACACGAACUUCAGGCGUGUAAUCAAAUGGUACCAAUGAAACGAAACAAGACUUACUCCAAAGAAUCCAGCCUAUCCGAACCCUCUGCACCCCAUCACCAACAAAAUGGCUCGAUCAAUCAAAUUUCCUUUAGCUGCGCCUUCUGUUCCGAAAUCUGCGACUCUCGUGAAAGUCUUGCCAACCAUCUCAAAGUGACGUGCGAUGUUAAUUUACGUACUAGUCAUCCUACUGAUAGCGUAAGGGAUUUCUUACCAUUGUCACGGGUAGACGAGUUUCUGGAAAGCUCCGUUGAUCUGGAAUUGGAGUCAGUUGAUGUCAUGGAUGAUCUGGACAGGGUCAAAGUAGAGCCUGAACCCAAGGAUAUUACAUCCAAAGAUCCUUUAUGUUUGAACCUACCGAAACCACAAGUAGUUGUCAUGUACCGGAAUGUUCAAAAAACUGCAAAAGAAGUGCGGGUUGUACCUCCCAUAUCAACUUAUUCCAAUCCAACGCAGUGCCAAAUCUGUUUUAGGAGGAUUCCCAACAGGAUCUUCCACAAGCACAUGAUGUUCCGUCACCAAAUGGGUCAAUUUCUGUGUCUCAAGUGCCUGCAGCAAUUCGAAACGGCCACACAAAUAUCUCGUCAUACUAUUGCUCAUUCGGAUGUGACAGAGUUGAAUUGCCCCAAUUGUAAGAAGGAUAUCAGCCUAGGUUCUGACCGUAAAGGCCUCGAGGAUCACAUUCAAACCUGUCACAAGCUUAAAUUUCGUUGGGAUGGAACCACCCAAAAGCACGUCGAGUACAUCGGGCGUGUCUGUAUGGAUUGUGGGAAGGAUUACGAGACACUUGAACAAUUGAUGAGACAUGAAGCCCUAGACACUUGUGAAUCUGGACGACAUGCGCCCGAACAAAGAAAGAAAUAUGUCUAUCAUUUGCGAAAACUCAAGAAGCAAAUCCAACACCGAAAAAUUUCAUCGUCUCACGUGAUUUGCGACAUUUGUGGCGAAAAAUUGGUCGGUAACGAAAAGUUGAAGUAUCACCAUAGGCAGAAACAUCCAGUCAAUUCAUGUCUGUGCCCUUUCUGUGGCAUGGAGUGCUCAAACAAGUCGACUUUGCAGUAUCAUCUCAACAAGUUCCAUCCAAAAUCUGACGAGACCACGUGUAAAGACUGCGGAUUGAUCAAGCCUACCGUAUCAAGUCUCAAAGCUCACGCCCGGAUUCACAAACCGCCUGAAAUUUUGUGUCCGAUUUGUGGCAAGAGAUUUACCAAACCUGAAUAUUUAACCUUGCAUAACCGCAUUCAUACGGGAGAGAAACGAUAUAAGUGCGAUUUAUGCGACUUCAAGACUGCGGUUGGAUCUAAUUUAACCAACCACAAAAAAACCAUGGAAAUAGAAGCAAAUGAGAAAGAAGACCAUCCAUCGGAAUUGGCAAAUCUGGUCAAGGUCCCAUUGGGUCAAUGGCAGUUAUUCUUACGAGAAAACCCCGACCUGUAUAUCAAUGGACAGCCUUUCGUGGGCUUGACUUUGAUGUACCAUCCCAAGACUCACGAAUACAUCUGGAGAGCUUUGGGAAAAAUCGUCGAAUCUGGACAAGUCACCACUUACCGCGAGUUCUUGGACCGAUGUCGCAAAUUUUUCAAUAGCGGCGUCCCUUGUUUAGGGAUGAAAUCUCCGGAUGCUCAGUUUCCAUUGUCUUGUCAAUUUUCUGACAAUUGUUACAUCAUAAUCCCCCAAUCUACUGGAGCCACAGCCUGCCAAGCUUGUCUUCAAUCGGCCGACGAUCCCGUGGGAUUUUGGCAAGAAAUCCAGAAUGCCGCUCAAGACAUCAUCUAUGAUGGGGGCGUCAAGACCCUGGAUGCUUUGAACCGAAGCCACGCCAAAGCCUGGCCUUGUCUGUUGUGCUCGGUUCAGGUGCCUCUGGCCUCCAUUAAAGGCCAUUUGGAACAAGAGCAUUUUCUGUGUCACUUUGUUUGCCACCAUUGCGAUGAUCGAUUUGUGGAUGCCAAGGAUUUGUCUUUUCACACCCUCCAAGAGCAUCCCGAGGUUCAAGUACUUUUUUGUCCACUCUGUCCGACCAAUGUGCCUUUGAGCGGUGGGAUUGAUGGCCUGGCCAAUCACUUCCGUGUUUGUUGUAGUAAUAAACACAAGAUCUUGCGGCAAAACGAGACAGGAAUAAUGGUUUUUGAAUGUCAACUUUGCCAUUUGAAAUUCGGAUCGAAAGAAAUGGCCCAGAAACACGUUGAUGAGUGCCGGGGCCUCAGGGCCUUAAAAUCGGUGAUAGAAGUGAUCGAGAGUGAAAAAGUGAAUAGUGUCCAAGCUCCCCAUGUUCCUACCAAUGCGUCUUUAGUGUUGAACAAAGACUGGCCAACCUUCUCCAAGGACAGCCAAAAUAGACAGAGUGAUUCAUCCAAAAUAUCGUGCCGUCUUUGCGACAAGGAGAUUGGCGCCAAGUUCUUGUCGCGACAUCUCAUGUUCCAUCAUUGCAUGGGGGAUUUCAAAUGUAACUCGUGUCCAUUGGUAUAUCAGACGGCCAAAGAAUUAACAGAUCACAUCUCUGAUGCUCAUCCUUCACAAACGAGUCAGAUUUGUCCCAAUUGUGCCAAAGAUGUGCCCAUUUGGGACAGGAGACGAACUCUAGCCAACCACAUGGAAACCUGUCACAAAAUCAUUUUCUUGACCAACAUGAAAGGGAAACGCGUUCCAUUUAAGGGCUCCAUCUGCUCCGAUUGCGGUCAAAUAUUUCGCAACAAGACAGACCUAGACCAGCAUGAAUCUCGGGGCUGCAACCAAGAAAUGCACAUGAAACGAAUGGAGACAUCUACUAAAACAUCCCACCAAAAGAAGUCUGUCCCAACCCUUCCUCAUCCGUUGGUUGGAAAUAAACAUAUCUGUGGAUUCUGUUCACAAACAUUUAGCUCAAGGAAUCAUCUAGCCAAUCAUCUUCAAAAGGCCUGUGAUGCCAAGUUGCGGACAAAUAAUCCCGAUGAUCUCAAUGGAAGUCCGUCAACGUUAUCGCGGGUGGAUGAGUUCCUUCAAAGUUCUCUUGAUCUGAAUUUGGAGACAGUGGAUGAUAUUGAUAGUCUGAAUAUGGUUGAAGCAAAGUCUGAUUUUCACAGCCCCCAAGAAACCAACGACAACUCGCCACAAGAUCCCUUGGCAAUUAACCCGGAACCAAAAGGUCGGAUCAUGUUCCUCAAUGUUCAGAAGCUGAAAAAUGACAUCCCCGAUGGUUCGCCAGAGUUGCGUUUAUCAAACAAGGUUGACUGCCAUGUUUGCUUCAAGAAACUUUCUCCCGAAUCUCUGCUCAAGCACAAAAUGUUUCGUCACCAACUUGGCCAGUUUGAUUGUCCGAAAUGCCGUUUGCAAUUUGUGACGGCUGAACACGUCUCCAAGCAUUUGACCGCACAUCCGGAUGUGUCCGAGUUGCGUUGCCCCAAUUGCAAACAAAGUGUGACUCUUGGAGCCGAUCUUAAAGGUCUCGUGAGUCACAUGGCAACUUGCUCCAAGCUCAAAUUCCGUUGGGAUGAAACAACCCAGGAGCAUGUUCAGGAUAUUAGACUUGAAUGCAUAGAUUGUGAGCAAGGUUUUGGCACUCCUGAAGAAUUGGCCGAGCAUGAAGAUGUCACUUGUACUUUCGAAGAGGAUGCAUCACGCUUGCGAGUGGAAUACCUUGAAAAUCUAAUCAAAAUGAGAAAUCGAACUCAAUACAUUAGAACCUCAUCGAAACACGUAAUCUGUGACGUAUGUGAUAGAAAGUUUGUCGGUGCUCACAAGUUGAAGGAUCACAAAGCCAAGCAACAUCCCAGCAAUCCAUUGUUGUGUGACACUUGUGGCAUGGAUUUCAUCAAUGAGACCAAGUUGCAGAUUCAUAUCAACCGCGCUCAUCCGACUUCUGACAAGCUCACGUGCAAAGAUUGCGGAUAUAGAGGAGGCAAUGAACGUUUACUAAGAGUACAUCAAGAAAUCCACGGACCUGCGAGACUGAUGUGUCCUACAUGUGGUAAGAGGUUUACCAGGAGAGUGUAUCUAAGGAGUCACAUGCGUAUCCACACGGGAGAGAAACCAUGCAAGUGCGAUUUAUGCGGCUACAGCACGGCAUUUAUAGGGAAUCUGAUCAACCAUAAGAAGUUUGUGCACCAAAAAAUACCCAGGGAACCGAAAAGUAAAAAAACCACUCGGAAAAAGCAACUUAAGGAGUAUCAGAGUAACCCACAAUAAAAGUAAAUCUGCCAAGUUCGUUAAA